UUGGUUUGAUUUUAGUCACUCUGCCCCAGAUCUUUCUUAGAGGCUGCUUCUCUGCAGCAGCGUGGACCCGGAGGGGCCCCCUGCCGCUGGCAGAGGGCGGAGGAGUUAAAGGCGUUAACCCCUCCCCGUCCCUUCCUAGAAGAGCCACCCAGCCUCGGCGGGGCGCUCAGAGCCGUCGCUUUGCCGAGUGGCGCGGGCAGCCGCAGGCAGGGCUGGCCAUUGGAGUGCACGGCCGCGGAGGGAGGGGACCCCAGCGCAGAGAACUUCGCGAGUGAGCUGGUCGCCGCCGUCAUUCGAGGACAGCAGCAAGAUGCGGAUCGCGCGGUGUAGACCCAGAGCCCCGCGGACGCAGCUUCGUCCGGCUUGAGCGAGGCUGCUGUUUCGGAGGCCCUCUCCAGCCAAGGCAAAGCUACACAAAAAGCGUUGGAUUGCUCACUGACCCGGCCCUGCUGUAACUGAAGGACCGCUCAACCUCGCCCUCUAGCGUUCGUCUGGAGAAGGACCACCCCAGGCUCCUGGCGACACAUUGCGGCUAUGGUGUCCACCAGCGUCCCGGUGGUUAAGGCCCUCCGCAGCUCAGUCUCCGACUAUGGCAACUAUGAUAUCAUAGUCCGGCAUUACAACUACACAGGCAAGUUGAACAUCGGGGUGGAGAAGGACCAUGGCAUUAAGCUGACUUCAGUGGUCUUCAUUCUCAUCUGCUGCUUCAUCAUCCUAGAGAAUAUAUUUGUCUUGCUAACUAUCUGGAAAACCAAGAAGUUCCAUCGGCCCAUGUACUAUUUCAUCGGCAACCUGGCCCUCUCGGACCUGUUAGCAGGAGUGGCUUACACAGCUAACCUGCUGUUGUCUGGGGCCACCACCUACAAGCUCACCCCCGCCCAGUGGUUUCUGCGGGAAGGGAGUAUGUUUGUGGCGCUGUCUGCCUCGGUGUUCAGCCUCCUUGCCAUUGCCAUCGAGCGCUACAUCACCAUGCUGAAGAUGAAACUACACAACGGGAGCAACAGCUCGCGCUCUUUCCUGCUGAUCAGCGCCUGCUGGGUCAUCUCCCUUAUCCUGGGGGGCCUGCCCAUCAUGGGUUGGAACUGUAUCAGCUCGCUGUCCAGCUGCUCCACCGUGCUCCCGCUCUACCACAAGCACUAUAUUCUCUUCUGUACCACGGUCUUCACUCUGCUCCUGCUCUCCAUCGUCAUCCUCUACUGCAGGAUCUACUCCUUGGUCAGGACUCGAAGCCGCCGCCUGACCUUCCGGAAGAACAUUUCCAAGGCCAGCCGCAGUUCUGAGAAGUCGCUGGCCUUACUGAAGACCGUGAUCAUUGUCCUGAGUGUCUUCAUUGCCUGCUGGGCCCCUCUCUUCAUCCUCCUGUUGUUGGAUGUGGGCUGCAAGGCGAAGACCUGCAACAUCCUGUACAAAGCAGAGUACUUCCUGGUUCUGGCUGUGCUGAACUCAGGUACCAACCCCAUCAUUUACACUCUGACCAACAAGGAGAUGCGCAGGGCCUUCAUCCGGAUCAUAUCCUGCUGCAAAUGCCCCAACGGAGACUCCACUGGCAAAUUCAAGCGGCCCAUCAUCCCAGGCAUGGAAUUUAGCCGCAGCAAAUCAGACAACUCCUCCCACCCCCAGAAAGACGAUGGGGACAACCCAGAGACCAUUAUGUCUUCUGGAAAUGUCAACUCUUCCUCUUAAAACCGGAAGCCGUUGAUACUGGGGAAGCAUUUUGACUCGGUCACCCACUACCCCAGAAUUUAAAAAAAUAUCUCUUAUUCUCCAUUGCUGCCGGGAAGGAACUACUGGGAGCCGGAGAGAGGGAGGGAAGGGAGAAUGUGCGGCCUGGUGAUGCCAUGAUGUAGGUAGGUAGUUCUUGUGAACAAUGCACUGGAAAGGGUGGAGAUAAGGUCUGGCCUGCAGUGGGUUUCCUGCCCUCCCCCAUACCCUGGAGCUUUGAUUUUGCACUGAGCCAAAGGUCUAGCAUUGUCAAGCUCCCGAAGGGCUCAUCCGACCCCUUCUCAAAGACUAAGGUCCCAUGAGAAAGUGUCCCUGGAGUUUUGAGAUGUGAUCUUUCACUGUAAAGGCCAAGUGAGUAUGUGCCCUUUAGCUUGUAGGGUGGUGUGCAUGUCCCUCUCCGCCUCUCCCCCUCUCCCCCUCUCUCCCCUUCCUACCCCUUCUCCAUAGUCUUUGACUUUAUAUCUUAACUGUCUGUCUGUUUGUCUGGCAUUUGUUCAUCAGAAUGGAGUUGUUCAGGAGUCCGUGUCUUGAUUGUCUGAAAAUGGCAGGCUGUUGAUAGGAAAGGCUAUUUGCUGAGGCCAAAGUUGCCAUGUAAGCUCCGUCAAGUUGUGGGGGAUUUGGUAGGCUGUCUUCAAGAUGAAAGUGUGUUCCUUAGUCCUCGUGCAUUCCUUAUUCCCAUUACAACCACGAUGGACAUGUGUUUGCAAUGGGAAUAACGAAGUCUACUUUGAUUUAUAGCAACCAGAAUCUUAGAUGUGUCCUUUAGUCCGCGUGCAUUCCUUAUUCCCAUUACAACCACAUGGAAUGUGUUUGUGAUGGGAAUAACGAAGUUUACUUUAUUUGAAUUAUAUCAGUCAUGAUCUUAAAUGUGUCCUUUAGUCUGUGUGCAUUCCUUAUUCCCAUUACAACCACAAUGGACAUGUGUUUGUGAUGGGAAUAACGAAGUCUACUUCAUUUGAAUUAUAGCAACCAGGAUCUUAGAUGAACCAGGGGAAAAACAGCAGAAUGCAGUGAUGAAUGGUGUUAACUUUUGCAAACCAAGAGUCAUUUAUUGAUUUCUUUCUCUAACAAGUACAAUGUUUCUGGCACUUUUAUUGAUUAUUUCAGACUGUUUUGUGAUCCAUUUCAAACAACCGGGGGAAGGUUAUGGCUUGUUUAAAAUACAGUUUAUGAUUUUUGAAUGUAUUUGUUCCUUUGAGGUCAUCUUAAUGAGUUUUUUCCUAACCUGUGUUAACAUCAUGGAAUGUGUAGUUCUUAGGAAAGUGCUACCCUCUUGUACCCGAAAAAGCAUUACUUUAACUGACAGGGAACAUCAGGAAUUCUUCAUUUCAACUGUCAUUAGCUAGGAAUGGGGGUGUAAAUGUUACAGAGAAUAAAAAUAUAUUACUGUUUCUUUAGUAUGGUUUUUCAGUGCAAUUAAACCAAGAAAUGUCUUUUAAAAAAUAGUAUUUAAUAGGUUCCUGACUUUUGUGGAUCAUUUUGCACAUAGCUUUAUCAACUUUUAAACAUUAAUAAACUGAUUUUUUUAAAGA